AGUCGUAGUGGGCGAAGACCCGGAACCGGCGACGUAGAAAUCGGUGACUGGCGUCGCUGCGGGGCCGCUUCGCCCCAACCUCCGCUAUGAGCUGCACCAUCGAGAAGAUCCUGACGGACGCGAAAACGCUUCUGGAGCGGCUGCGGGAGCACGACGCGGCCGCCGAGUCCCUGGUGGAUCAGUCGGCCGCCCUGCAUCGGCGGGUGGCUGCGAUGAGGGAGGCGGGCGCCGCGCUGCCGGACCAGUAUCAAGAGGAUGCCGCGGACCUGAAGGACGUGUCCAAAUACAAACCGCACAUCCUACUGUCCCAAGAGAACACACAGAUCAGAGAUUUGCAGCAGGAAAACAGAGAGUUGUGGAUUUCCUUGGAGGAACACCAGGAUGCUUUGGAACUCAUCAUGAGCAAGUACAGGAAACAGAUGCUACAAUUAAUGAUUGCUAAAAAAGCAGUGGAUGCUGAACCUGUCUUGAAAACCCACCAGUCUCAUUCUUUAGAAAUUGAAAGUCAGAUUGAUAGGAUCUGUGAAAUGGGAGAAGUGAUGAGGAAAGCUGUUCAGGUGGAUGACGACCAGUUUUGUAAGAUUCAGGAAAAGCUAGCCCAACUAGAGCUUGAAAACAAGGAGCUUCGGGAACUGUUGUCCAUCAGUAGUGAGUCUCUCCAGGUGAGGAAGGAAGACUCAAUGGAGAGUGCUUCCCAAGUCACCAAAUAAUGCUCACCUUUUGAACAACUGCUGGAGAGUACCCCGCAGGGAAGGGAAUUGGUAGUUAUUUGCUUUCUGUGUGUUGUCUGUUCAGUGUCAUCUUCCUGCCUCAGGUUGGAUUUGGGGCCAGAGGUACCAGGUGGCAGCUUGAUUGCUAGUCAAAGCCUACUUACAAAUAUUCUUCUGAUGUCAGUGAAGGUAUGACAUUCAUUGAGCAGUCUCUACUCCUUUUUCCAGGAGAUGACUUUUGCUUCAUUUUUCAUUUUGGGGACCUCAGUUUAUCCAAACUAUUUCCAUCUUAGUUUUUUAGCUUCAGCAAGAAGAGCAUUUCAUUGUGAGCCAUCAUAUUUACUUUGUUCAAGUUGGUGAAAUGAAAUUCCAAACAAAGAAGUAUGACAAGUCAGAACUAUUUGGUUUGGAACUAGAUUUUGGCAUUUAGUCAAAUAAUAUUCUUACAUAGAGCAAAACUAGCAGUUUAUCUAUUUAUAGUAUCAUUCAGUUUAAUGUUUUAAAACUCUUUGGUGCUAGGAAUUGGGGCUUUGUGACUUGUUGUCCUUAUUCUUAUUUUGAGAGUACCCAUUAUAGCCAAUCCCAAGAAAAUAUACUUGAAAAUUAUAGUCUAUUAUGUCAGAGAUAGUAAAAUUGUAAUAUGAUUAAAACCAUGGGGUUUUUUUUUUACAUCUUGUUUUUCACAUUGUAUUCAGUUCAAAGGCCUAAAGUAUUUUUUUUUCUAGCAACUGUGUAGUCUGUUUUUCAACCUUGUCUGCCUAGGAUUUUUGACCUGUUGGAAGUCUGCCAGCCAGAUUUCAGGUACCUCUUCACCUCCAGUUUUUAAUUACUUAGUCUUUUCUUAAAUUGAAUACAGGUGUGGUGCUUAAUUUCCCACCUUUCCCUUGAAUUGACAGGGGUUUCUUCAUAGUCCUGCUUUGCCAUUUUCACCUUGAUAUUUUCCCCAAAGAGUCUGGUGGAGAAAAAAUUAUAAAUUAAAAUUCCCAAUUGAAGAGAUUAAUGAUUUCCACUUCAAUUCCAAAUACUUAUCCAGCCCAUGAAAAACAUACUUUUAUUAGCACAAUAUUAUAGCUUGAUAGCAUUUCUUGAGGGUCUCCUAUUGGUUUCUAAAUUUGAAGAUCAUUUGAUGGUGGUGCUUAAACUGUUUGGUUUUAAAAUCAAGUUCUUCUACCAUGUUGUCUUAGUUUCAUGGUAAUAUAUUUCUUGUAAAUACUUUCUCUUCCCACCCUGUAGUUGUCACCUUCCUUAUCACAUCUUACCCCCCCCCCCAGACUACUCUUGGGAAUUCAGCUUACCUUUAGGAACCAGUAUUCAGACAGUGUUGAGGUUCAGGACAAAAUGUCCAACCUUCAUAAACACUUAACAUAGCUUUGUGUCAUGGAGGAACAGUGCAUCGUCUAAAAGAGCUUGUUGUGAAGUGUUUUGUGAUAGGUUUCUUUUGCACAGUCACAAAGAAUUAUAUUGCUAUUAUCACAGCAUUUUACUUUCAGCUCCAAGAUCAAAAUAUUCCCCAGAAAUCGUGUUUCUGAGUCCCAGUGAUGCCAAUUUAUCUUUCUUGUGGAUGGUGUUUUAGGGGGACAGACUUAUUUAUGGUUUAAGAACUGGCUAUUCAAUAUCUGAAUACAGUGUUAUUGAAAGCAUUCCUGUCCCUUUGUACUAAAUAUGUAUCUUCUCAUUCAAAAGCAAAUGAACUGUUAGCCCAACUUUUAUGCCUUAAAAUAUGCCAUCGGUGCCACUUGGAGUCAUACAAAUAGGUUACCCUGUUCUUUCUUUAACUGACCGUAGUAAUAUUUUAAUGGAGUUGUUCAUUGGCCUAAAGUCAAGUUACUUGUUAAGGUGUGUAACAUAGUGUUUACUACACUGUGGUUCUUUGUCAUCUGUCUUCUACUAUUGGAGCCAUUUGAAACAGCUCUUUACAUCUCAGGUUGAAUAAAUCUGUACAGUGAGUGGUUUAUCCUCCCUUCCCUAUAUAAAAUAAAAUAAAGGCUUGAAAUGUG